CUACACGUUUCAAAUUUCGGUUUUCCAAAAUUUUAUAGUUCAAAAAUCAAAUUUUUUUGUAAUCACACUCAAGACAAAAUUCUUACAACUACAUUAUUCGUGUAAAAAUGUUUUGUAAAGCUUACAGAUCAACUUUGCCCGGUUGUGCCUGUGGGGGUGGCUCUUUUACGACUUGUACGUUUUUGCCGUUACUGCCCGGUACCAAUUCGUUAAGCCGUAAUAGGUCGAUCCAUAAGUUCAAGUUUGCAAGCUUGUAGCUGUCUCCGUAGUCCGCUUUGCUCCACCAAACUUGAUCGGCGUGUAGUGCAAUCUGGGCGUAUGCACAACCCACAGGGAAAUCGUUGUCCAUUUCCGAUUUACAAUUGGUUAACGAUUGCCAUUCAACUCACAUUCGGCCGACCAUCUGACACUGCCAUUGUUUUUUGUUUUUUUGUUUCUUUUUUUUAUUUAUUUUUUGUAGACAGCCAGAAAAAAACACAAUCCACACAAUUAUGCCGACUUGAUUAUUUCUCUUCAGCUGAUAUUAGGCUCGCAAGCGAUGAAGAGGUGUAGCAAGAGUUCAGUUACAAUGUUCCAGCGCCGAAUAAUUGAUAAGACAAGCGUUGUAACUGAUCAACUGCUCGGGGAAUCGGAAAUUUAAGCGUGAUUCCGAAUCGAUUCCUCGUAGUCGUUGUUACUGGACUGGUACUGGCGAUCAUGACAGAUGUAAAUAUCGACGUUUCUGGAAACCUCAGCACACCCCCAACGAUGGAAACUAACGGUAACAAUGGAUUGCAAAGGAUAGUAAGAAACAUUCCUUCUAUGCAGGAAUUUGUCAAAACUUGCAAAGAGAGCAUAAGACCUUGGACCCUGUUUGCAAAUACAAAUAAUUUCAAAUUGCCACCAAGCUUCCCCAGAUUUUUGAAGCGUGUUGUCAACAAUGUAAAAUACUUCCAGGGAAAUUAUGUUGUCAUCUCACUUAUCCUUAUGGCUUACUGUCUCUUAGCUUCUCCAUACCUACUCUUAUUGGUUAUUGCCAGUUUAGGAGGAUGCUACAUCUUGUCUCUAAGAAAUGCAGACAGAAAACUCUACAUUCAAGGCAGGGAAGUGACUUUACUUCAGCAAUACUGUCUCGUCGGUGCGAUUUCAUUGCCAGUUUAUUAUUGGGCUGGAGCUGGAGAAGCAGUGUUUUGGGUUCUAGGAGCAUCGUGCGUUGUGAUAUCAGUCCAUGCCGGGCUUUACAAUAUAGAUGCAAUAUUAAAUGAACAGGAUCAAAUCAAUGUAUUAAUACAACAAAUUUAAAACAGAAUCUUGUUUGACUAUACAGUGUAAAUAAUUUUUAACGUGCCUUCCUAUAUAUAUAUGUAUAUUAUACUCAUCUCUUGGGUUUAUUUAUGUUGGUUGUAAAUAUGUAUUUUGUAUAUAAAAUUUGUUAUGAAUAAUA